GUAAGACGAUGGGGACAUUGGCAACUUGCCAUACAUACACCAUUUUCCAUUUUAUCAGUCUUUUUGGAUUCUCGCUUCUUCUUUUCUUUCCAAUUCUAGAAUAUUCCUAUUCUUCUUCUCAUUUCAACUCUUGGUUCUUUUCUCGUCACGCUAGUAAGCGUAGUUCGGUGUUGGAGAAUCAGGUUCCAGUCCCAGAAUACUGCUAUUCUCGAAUAACUGAAUUGUGUUUCUAGGUUAUCUUCUCUGAAUUGCAAUUGCAAAUGAAUGAUCGUUGAAAAACUAUGAAGAAGGUGAGGAGAAAGAUCGGCAAGUAUGAGGUGGGUCGAACAAUUGGCGAAGGCACCUUCGCCAAGGUUAAGUUCGCAAGAAACUCGGAGACAGGGGAUAGCGUGGCUAUUAAAAUCAUGGCUAAGACCACCAUUCUCCAGCACAGAAUGGUUGAACAGAUUAAAAGAGAGAUAUCCAUUAUGAAGAUUGUCAGGAAUCCUAAUAUAGUUAGAUUACACGAGGUUUUGGCUAGCCAGACCAGGAUCUACAUAAUCCUUGAAUUUGUAAUGGGAGGGGAACUAUAUGAUAAAAUUGUUCAGCAGGGAAAGCUUUCUGAAAAUGAAUCUAGGCGCUACUUUCAACAACUUAUAGACGCAGUUGAUCAUUGUCAUAGAAAGGGUGUGUACCAUAGAGACUUGAAGCCUGAAAAUCUUCUUCUUGAUGCUUACGGAAAUUUGAAGGUUUCUGACUUUGGAUUGAGUGCAUUGACUAAACAGGGUGUUGACCUUCUUCACACCACUUGUGGGACCCCAAACUAUGUUGCCCCUGAGGUACUCAGCAAUAGAGGAUAUGAUGGUGCAGCAGCUGAUGUUUGGUCAUGUGGAGUCAUCCUAUAUGUUCUAAUGGCUGGAUAUCUUCCUUUUGAGGAGGCAGACCUUCCAACACUGUAUAGUAGGAUAAAUGCUGCAGAAUUUGUUUGCCCAUUCUGGUUUUCUGCAGACACAAAGUCAUUCAUACAAAAAAUUCUGGAUCCUAAUCCUAAAACACGGGUGAAAAUUGAAGAAAUAAGGAAAGAGCCAUGGUUCAAGAAAAACUAUUUUCCUGUCAAACUCGGGGAAGACGAGCAAGUGAAUUUGGAUGAUGUUCGAGCUGUUUUUGAUGAUAUUGAGGACCAAUAUGUUGCUGAAAGGUCAGAAAUUACUGAGGGAGGUCCUCUGAUAAUGAAUGCAUUUGAGAUGAUUGCCUUAUCACAAGGGUUGAAUCUUUCACCACUAUUUGAUAGGCUUCAGGAUAAUGUAAAGCGGCAAACUCGUUUUGUCUCCCGUAAACCAGCAAAAGUUAUAAUUUCUUCAAUUGAAGCUGUUGCAGAGUCAAUGGGUCUUAAGGUCCAUUCUCGCAAUUACAAGGUGAGGCUUGAAGGCGUUUCUGCAAACAGGGUUGGACCAUUUGCUGUGGUCUUGGAGGUGUUUGAAGUUGCACCAUCCCUUUUCAUGGUUGAUGUUCGGAGGGCCACCGGGGAUACUUUUGACUACCACAAGUUUUACAUGAAUUUUUGUGCCAAACUAGGAAACAUUAUUUGGAGACCGGCAGGGACUAUGCCAAAUUCUAAUCUGCUCAAGCAAAUGACUUUAUAAUCCACUUCAUGCGGGUGUGAUUAAUUAGAAGAGCACUAACUGGUCCCCGAGUAUGCUAAAAAUUAGUAUCCUUUCUAGCUAUCAUAAUGCAACAUACACUGUAUGAAUAGUAUUGCAAACGGGUAUCACUGUCAACUUACAACAUGGCUUAAAGUAUAAUGGUUUACAAAAACAAUCUUGGGAGAAGGAAAGGAAAAAAACCCUAUUGCAAUCAUCUUGUAGUUGUAGCAAAUCUACCCCACAAUGGUUUACAAAACCAAUAUAUUGUUUGGUUCGGGCAGAAAUGUAUAAAGCAUAAUGCUUUCCGUCACCAAUUCUGUCAGCGUGUUUGGGAGAGCUAUUCAAAUUCUCAAACACGUUUGUUUGAGACAUGCUGUUUUGUAUAAAAAAGCGUCUUUGGUCGCAAUAAAUUAAAAGUUAAGUCUGUUAA